AUGCCGCGGAAAGGAAAGAUAUCCGAGCCAGUUGUCAUCCAUCACCUGGGCGGUUUGUUGGAACUGAGAGUGCUCGAAACCAUAAAAGACGGCAAAGAGAAGCGCUCGAAUGUAUUCCUCGUCGAAUGUCGGGGCAGCCAGAAGACGCAGUCUGCCCCGGCCCUGGCCGACCGUUCAGCCACAUGUGUCUUGAAGACUUUCCCACCGAGCGAGUUCCAUAACAGGCUCUUCGAGAGAGAAGUGGCCGCGUACACGGAACUGCAACGUCCGUCUGCAGCAGUUGAUCCCGAGGGCGCGUGGGCAGUCCUCUCAACUUACGACGCGGAGUCCUCAUCGUGGCCGUUUUGCUUCGGACGGCUGGGGUUGCCAGACACCGCGGAACCACUCCAGGCCGGUGGCGGGUGGAUUCGUCCAGGCCCUCACAACAGGCCGGUGUCCGUUGCAAAGCAGCGCCAGGCCCUCCUCCUAGAAUACAUGGCCGAUUCCUCGCCUCUCACUACCGACAGACUGAACUAUGAAAUUGCCGGAAAGAUCCGACAGAUCAUACACGAGCUGCACACGCGCAGGGUGGUACACGGUGACUUUGUCGAUCAUUGCUUGUGGCCACGCAUUGGCUUCGGGAACAUCUUCCUCCAGAAACGGAAAGGUUCGGGUGUGGAAGAGGUAUUUGUGAUGGACUUCAACCGGUCCCGGAUCAUUGGGCCACAUCCUAGGGAUCAGGCGAUGGCACUAGAAGAGGAGCAGCAGAUGGAUGAUCUGCUCAGGCGUGCGCUGGAGAGCAAGAUGGCCAUCGACGAGGUCCCGAGGGAACUGCGCAAGUUAUCAAGCUAG